AAUCAGGAGAGCAAGCCCUGGAGUUCACCAUUUCAAGAAAGUAUACGCUGAAGUAUAAUGCUACAUAAGUCAGAAAAAGGAAGGAUCCUGAAGCAUAUGGCCUGAUUGUUGACAAUGACAUUAAUAAGAGGCUGGCAUUUAUUUCUGUCCUAACCAGCUAUUGUAUAACUGAGAAUAGAAACUAUGCGUAUUUGUUGGCCAGCAAAACCAAGGAACACGAGCUAUGGCAGUUGAAAAAGUCUGUCUGAUUCCACGAUAUUUCCCCUGGGUUUCAUCAUCCGGAACCUCCUCCCUGUCAUCUCAGCAGCAGUGUGGUACCUUUGACUGUUUAAUAAAGAUUGAGGACGUGCUCUUUGUUCAACAGCCAGAACUUAAAAUCUCCUGGAAUAGGGUCAGAGACCACUUCAGUCGUAGCUGAGGAAGAUGAAAUUUCCAUUUUAUUGGGUGCCUUGUACAGGGAGCACACAACUUUUCUGGGAGCGUGUGAUUGAGAACGAGAUUGAGUUUUGUCGAACAGAAAUUCCUGGUUAUGGCGAGUGACCCGACGUGAGCAGAGGGGGCCGGGCUGCAGAGGAACUCAUGACAGGCUAUACCAUGUUGCGGAAUGGAGGAGUAGGGAACGGAGGUCAGACCUGCAUGUUGCGAUGGUCCAACCGCAUCCGCCUCACGUGGCUCAGUUUCACACUCUUCAUCAUCCUGGUCUUCUUCCCCCUUAUUGCACACUAUUACCUCACCACGUUGGAUGAGGCUGACGAGGCAGGCAAGCGGAUUUUUGGUCCCCGGGCUGGCAGUGAGCUCUGUGAGGUAAAACACGUGCUGGAUCUCUGCCGCAUUCGUGAGUCGGUGAGUGAAGAGCUCUUGCAGCUGGAAGCCAAGCGGCAAGAGCUGAACAGCGAGAUUGCCAAGCUGAAUCUGAAGAUCGAGGCCUGUAAGAAGAGCAUUGAGAAUGCCAAGCAGGACCUGCUUCAGCUCAAGAAUGUCAUCAGCCAGACGGAGCAUUCCUACAAGGAGCUCAUGGCCCAAAACCAGCCCAAGCUGUCUCUGCCCAUCCGACUGCUCCCAGAGAAGGAUGACGCUGGCCUCCCUCCCCCAAAGGUCUUACGGGGUUGCCGGCUCCACAGUUGUUUUGAUUAUUCUCGUUGCCCUCUCACCUCUGGUUUUCCAGUCUAUGUUUAUGACAGUGACCAGCUUGCCUUUGGCAGCUACCUGGAUCCCUUGGUCAAGCAGGCUUUUCAGGCUACAGCUCGAGCCAAUGUUUACGUUACAGAAAAUGCAGACAUCGCCUGCCUUUAUGUGAUAUUAGUGGGAGAAAUGCAGGAGCCAGUAGGGCUGCGGCCUGCCGACCUUGAGCAGCAACUGUAUUCUCUACCACAUUGGCGGACAGACGGACACAACCAUGUCAUCAUCAACCUGUCACGGAAGUCCCAUACACAGAACUUACUAUAUAAUGUCAGCACAGGCCGUGCCAUGGUGGCCCAGUCUACUUUCUAUGCUGUCCAGUACAGGCCUGGCUUUGACUUGGUAGUGUCGCCACUAGUCCACGCUAUGUCAGAACCCAACUUCAUGGAAAUUCCACCACAGGUGCCAGUGAAGCGGAAGUAUCUCUUCACCUUCCAGGGCGAAAAGAUCGAAUCCCUGAGAUCGAGCCUUCAGGAGGCCCGCUCCUUUGAAGAGGAAAUGGAGGGUGACCCUCCAGCCGAUUAUGAUGACCGGAUCAUCGCCACCCUAAAGGCAGUCCAGGACAGCAAGCUGGAUCAGGUUCUGGUGGAGUUUAUCUGCAAAAACCCGCUGAAGCCCAGUCUGCCUACGGAGUGGGCACUGUGUGGGGAGCGGGAGGACCGCCUAGCGUUGCUGAGGCUCUCCACCUUUGCCCUCAUCAUCACCCCGGGGGACCCUCACUUGGUUGUUUCAUCGGGGUGUGCAACGCGGCUCUUUGAAGCCCUGGAAGUCGGUGCUGUCCCGGUCGUGCUGGGGGAGCAGGUCCAGCUUCCGUACCAGGACAUGCUGCAGUGGAAUGAGGCGGCCCUGGUGGUGCCCAAGCCACGUGUUACUGAGGUUCACUUCCUGUUAAGGAGUCUCUCUGACAGUGACCUACUGGCCAUGAGGAGGCAAGGCCGCUUUCUCUGGGAGGCUUACUUCUCCACCACUGACAGUAUUUUUAAUACCGUGCUGGCUAUGAUCAGGACUCGAAUACAGAUCCCAGCAGCUCCCAUCCGGGAAGAGGCAGCCGCUGAGAUCCCCCAUCGUUCAGGCAAGGCUGCCGGAACUGACCCCAACAUGGCCGACAAUGGAGACCUGGACCUGGGGCCAGUGGAAACGGAGCCACCUUAUGCCUCACCCAAGUACCUCCGCAACUUUACCUUGACUGUCACGGACUUUUACCGCAGCUGGAACUCUGCUCCUGGCCCUUUCCAUCUUUUCCCCCACACACCCUUUGACCCUGUGUUGCCCUCAGAGGCCAAAUUCUUGGGCUCAGGGACUGGAUUUCGGCCUAUUGGAGGUGGAGCUGGGGGUUCUGGCAAGGAGUUUCAGGCAGCCCUUGGAGGCAAUGUUCCCCGAGAGCAGUUCACAGUAGUGAUGUUGACUUAUGAGCGGGAGGAGGUGCUUAUGAACUCACUAGAGAGACUGAAUGGCCUCCCGUACCUGAACAAGGUGGUAGUGGUGUGGAAUUCCCCCAAGCUGCCAUCAGAGGACCUUCUGUGGCCUGACAUUGGCGUCCCCAUCAUGGUGGUUCGUACUGAGAAAAACAGCUUGAACAAUCGAUUCCUGCCCUGGAAUGAAAUUGAGACAGAGGCUAUCCUGUCCAUUGAUGAUGACGCUCAUCUCCGCCAUGAUGAAAUCAUGUUUGGGUUUCGGGUGUGGAGAGAAGCCCGGGACCGCAUCGUGGGCUUCCCUGGCCGCUACCAUGCAUGGGACAUCCCUCAUCAGUCCUGGCUCUACAACUCCAACUACUCCUGUGAGCUGUCCAUGGUGCUGACAGGUGCUGCCUUCUUUCACAAGUAUUAUGCCUACCUGUAUUCUUAUGUGAUGCCCCAGGCCAUCCGAGAUAUGGUGGAUGAGUACAUCAACUGUGAGGAUAUCGCCAUGAACUUCCUCGUCUCCCACAUCACUCGGAAGCCCCCCAUCAAGGUGACCUCGCGGUGGACUUUCCGGUGCCCAGGAUGUCCUCAGGCCCUGUCCCAUGAUGACUCCCACUUUCAUGAGCGGCACAAGUGCAUCAACUUCUUUGUCAAGGUGUAUGGCUACAUGCCCCUCCUGUACACUCAGUUCCGGGUGGACUCUGUGCUCUUCAAGACCCGCCUGCCCCAUGACAAGACCAAGUGCUUCAAGUUCAUCUAGGGACAUACAGAUUUGGGGGAGAGGAUGGGCAGAGUGAGGGAGGUGGCGCCUGAGGUUCCUAGGCGUUGGACCUUGGGGACAUCACUGGCGGGGUGGCCCAGAUCCUCAGCCGAGAGCAGCCGCAGGAAGAGUGGGAGGAAGCGGCUGCCUCGAUCUUGAAGUCGGCCACACUGGGCCUGGAGCCCUGGGCAGGAGACCCCGGGGUUCGCCACACAGGGCACUGACUGAUAGCUUACACUGAGGACCAUGGGGACUCUGGAGAGUCACUCACAUAGUUCAUAAGCCCAGGACAGCUGGUUUGUGGCUUUUAAAUUCAGUAACAACUAUUAUUAUUAUUUAAAAAGAGAAAGUUUCAGAUUUGCCAUUCAA